UCCAGCCAGUGCGCCUGUCGGGUCCGGGAAUGAGCGCAACUUGCAGCCGCUCCUCUCUUCCGCUCCGCUGCACAUUCUUCUUGUUCCCGCCUCACCGGGAAGGCAGAGCCGGACCCGGGAUGGGCUCUGUGGGGGCCCUGCGGACUGUCCUCGUGUUGGGCCUGGUGACCGGACUGGCGGGAUGCGCCCCCGGUUUGAACGGCACAGCGGACCGCUGGGAGGCCCUCUACUCCCGGUCCCUGGCGCGGAUCCCAGGGGAGAAACGCGAGGAGGUUCGCCGGGACGGCGACUAUCUCGUGGGCAUUAAAAGGUUGCGUCGCCUCUAUUGCAACGUGGGGAUUGGCUUUCAUAUUCAGGUGUUACCGGACGGCAGAAUAACGGGAGUACACAAUGAAAAUCGGCACAGUGUCCUGCAGAUCUCUCCGGUGGAGAGAGGAGUGGUGACUCUGCUGGGCGUUCGCAGCAGUCUCUUUGUGGCCAUGAACCAAAGAGGAAAGCUGUACGGAUCUUUACACUACAACAACGAGUGUAAGUUCAGAGAGAAGCUCCUCGCCAACAACUACAACGCCUAUGAGUCAGUGGCCUACCCGAGGAUGUACAUCGGCCUGAGUACUCGCAGUGAACCGUCCUCUGGAGGUGGCGCCGAUGUGAUGGAUGACUUUGUUCAGGAGAUAAAGGAGAGCAUAAAAGCUGUUCAGCACAUCUAACAACGUGGCCUCCAAGGUGAUGGCGGCGCUUCCACUUUGGUAGACUGUGACGUUCUACAUAGCCUGCGUCUUCAGGGUUCAGAGGUACACCACAUUGGGUACAUUGCUUAACUACCCCUUUAGAGUUGCCCUAAGGCUGUUUAAAGGAAAAAACUUCAACAUGUCUUUUAGGCCUUUUUAUGACAGAAAGAUACUGUUUUUAUGUAAUAAAUAGCAGCUUAGAUAAUGUUUGGAUCCAAAUGAAUAAACCAACAAAACUAAAACAACCUUGGAAUCAUCUAGAUCCAACGAAAUGCUUUUCUUUUCUCUAUCUGUCUGGCAUUCUCUAGCUUCCUGGCACUUUGCAACGUGGCCUUGGCCACAACAGGACAGGUGUCCACACAGCUUC